AUGAACCCUUCUGUCUACUUGGACAACUCCAGUAAGACGUCGGGUCCAAGUUCUUCACCUCUACCUUUAUAUCGUCCAGCGACGAUCGCCGAACUCGCCGCUCACGCAAAGGACAAUCUCUGGGAUCCUAGCAAGGGGGUCAAGCACUGGCUGCGCACCGCAGAGAAAGCUCGCAGGGCUGGCAGCACAUAUCUCAACACGGGUGACUUUGAGCGUGCAUUCGUCGAGUAUGCGAAGGCGGCCACGAUCGUGCUCGAGAGGUUGCCCACCCACAAGGACUACCACGACCUGCUGAGCGCAGAGCAACGUCACAACCUCGGAAUGAACGGACAGGACAUUCUCGACAAUCUGAGCCGUCUGAAACCGGUUCUAGUCGACCGGUAUGAAACAUGGCAGGCCAGAAAUGAAGCUGGUCCAAAUGGCAGCCGCCCCUCUUCCUCACAUGUAUCGCAACGCGAUGGCGACGGGGCGAGUGGCGGAGAAGCGUCGAGGCGUCGGCUCGAAGAGCUCGGGCGCGCGAAAGAGGAGGAACGGGCUCGGCAGGCGCUCGAGGCUGCGCGCAGGGAGCAAGAUUGGCAGCGGGAGGACAUGGCGCGCAGGCAGGCGGAGGAACAGGAACGGACGACUCGAGAAGAGACGGAGUGGGUACGGCAGUCGAUCCAGUCGAAGCGUAGAGAGACGAUGGUUGCUGCGGCGGAAUCGAGAAGAGCGCAGGACGCGCUGGCGAUGGCUGAACACGAGCGGGCGGCACAGGCGGCGCAGCGAUUGCAAGCGGAGGAGGGGCGCAAGGAGGGGGAGCGGAUAAAGAAAAGAGUGGACGAGAGGACGAGACAGGAACAAGAAGGGAUCGCUCGCAGACAGCAGGAGGCGGAAGCUGCAGCGCUCGCCGCGCGGUUUGGGAUUGCUACUCAAUUGUCUCCUGUCCCUGCCCUCGCAAGCGAUCCCGAAAAUUCCUCAGCAAGGUCGGAGGAAGUGUCCGCUCGCUCUGGCCUCCGUGAAUUCCCGGUGGCCGCACCCCAACCUGGUCGCCCACCAAAUUCUACGCAGCGUCCUGUCUAUGCUGACUCGCGCGGCGGCAGCAACGGUCUUUCAGUGAUGCCUCUUGAAAGCCCUACACGGUAUGACGAUGACUCUUCGACUGAUGUGGAAGGCGCUGAUCGUCAAGCACCGUGGCAUCGUGCAAGAAAUGCGGAGCUUACGCCAACCAAGGCUAGGAAUCUCACUCCUAGUAUUUCAUAUCCACCGCCCAUCACGACAACUUCACCUCCACCUCCCGAGCUAGGUUCCAUUCGUUACCCUGCAUUGAUGUCUCAGCAUCAGCUUAAACAAGGCUAUGUACCAUCGUUGCAAUCCAUGUUUUCAAAGCCAUCAGCAGACCCUCGAGCUUCUGACGCGUCUCUCCUAUUCGACUCUAAAUCAUCUGGAUCCCUCUAUUCCAAUAUUCUUCCAGCACCCUCCGCACCCGUCAUACCCCCAUACCCAGCAAAUAUGCCUAUGCGCGAUUCGCAUAAUCGUCAUCCUUCUCAGUCUUAUCCGCAACACUUUUUGCCCGGGGAGCGUCAAGCAUCUUCGCUCUCCGGUCCGCGAUCGGCGUCGUCCAGCCAAUUGAGUGUGCCCAGUUCGCGCUAUGCAGUCGCGCCUCCACCUCGUAUCGUGCAGAGCACCUCUGCAGAUUCCGCUGUUUCUGAGCUUAGGACCAUCAAGGUCCCGAAAGAAUGUUUGCAGCGCUUCUUGCUCAUCGCACGCGUGAACACGUUGCAGAACAAGGAGACGUGUGGCCUGUUACUUGGAAAAGACAAGGGCACCAAGUUCGUUGUGACUACUCUGUUGGUACCUAAGCAGCAUGCCACCUGCGACACUUGCUAUAUGGAGGAGGAGGAGCUGGUCUUGCAGUUUACGGAAGAACGCCAGCUCAUCACACUCGGCUGGAUUCAUACUCACCCCACACAGUCAUGCUUCAUGUCUUCGGUAGACUUGCAUACCCACUCCGGCUUCCAGCGCAUGUUGCCGGAAUCAUUCGCCGUCGUUUGUGCACCAUCCUCGUCGCCAACCUUUGGCAUAUUUAGGCUCACCAAUCCCGGUGGUCUCCAGACCAUUCUCGACUGUACCGCUAAAGAGGCCUUUCAUCCACAUCCUGAGGUCCCCAUAUACACGGACUGCGAUAAGAGUCACGUCCAGAUGAAAGACAUGCCGCUGGAGAUCGUAGACCUGCGCGUGUAG